AUGAGGAAAGCGUACACAGUGCAAGAAAAGCUAGACGUUGUGAAGAAAGUUAAAGAUGGCGCUUCACAGGCCAGUGUGAGCCGCCAGUCCGGCGUUCCAGCGGGGACCAUCAGGGGGUGGAUAAAGAAUGAAGAAAAACUUCAGACAGCCGCCGCCGAAUGCCACGACAGCAAAGGACCGCAGACGAAGAAGAUCCGUGGAGCCGACGACACCACUCUGGACAAGGCCUUGUUCGAGUGGUUCACACAAUCCAGACACGAUGGUAUUCCCCUUUCGGGUGAAAUACUUAAGGUCAAGGCCCAGAAGUUGUCGAGGCAGAUAAACGGGGACGACGACACCUUCAAGGCAAGUGAUGGCUGGUUGUGGAGGUUCCAGCGACGUCACGGUAUCAAGUCCAUCACCGUCAGCGGGGAAUCUAAAUCUGCCGAUGUUGAAUCUGCUGCGGCAUAUCCAACGAUACUACGAGACAUUAUUGACGCGGAAGGCCAGCAAGAUGAGCAGAUUUACAACGCAGAUGAGACUGGCCUAUACUAUCGGAUGCUCCCAGACAAGACUCUCGCUGAGAAAAAUGACCCCAGGCAGAAGACAGGGUUCAAGAAGGCCAAGCAACGUGUUACAGUGCUGCUUGCUUGUAACAAGACCGGACGCCAUAAGUUGAAGCCACUUGUUAUAGGAAACCGAAGAACCCCCGCGCCCUCCACCACGUGA